AACCGGUGCCCGUCGCUGCCUGACGCUGCCGGAGCGCUGCCGCCGCCCGGUCCCGCUCCCGCCGCUGCCGCCGCCGUCGCCGUUGCUGCUCCCGGUGCGGCUGCGGGUCCCGCUGCGGCUGCGGCUGCCGGAGGUGACCCCCCCACUCCUUUGCCACCAGUGAGGUGCUGGGUGGUGGGCACAGCUGUGGAGCCAGCCGAGGCAUAGGUGGUGGGACACAAGGAGGAGGAGGGGGUGUCGUGGGGACAGCACCUUGGCGUGUGUCCCCGUCAUCAUCUGCAGCCACCAGCCGCCCUUCAGCCGGCCUCACCCGAGGGGGUCCUAGUGGCUUUUUGGAGCCUGAGCCUUGCCAGCGUUGUGAGGAGGAGGAGGAGGAGGAAGGGCCGAAGAAGACGUUGCCGGGUGAUGGAUGGCCCCAGCCCGGCGCAGUGGCCUCGGGAGAGCAGCCCCAGGCAGCUUGGGGCCCGUGGGGACCUGGCUGGCAGCACCCUCCUCUGCAGAGCCCCGCAGCCUCUGCUCUGCUGAGCUCCACAGCCUGCAGGCAGCGGCAGCCAGCAGCAGGGUUUGGAGGGGCUGAGGGUGACCCCCGCGUCCCCGUGCCGGGGCAUGGCUCGGGACUGAGCCGCCGAGCCCCCGACAUGGCACGGCAGGGCUCGGGGGCCAUGCUGGCCUCCGGGGGCUUGGGCUUCCCUCCCCAGAACCUGGCCCGGGUGGUGGUGUGGGAGUGGCUGAACGAGCACGGGCGCUGGCGGCCCUACUCCGCGGCUGUCUGCCACCACAUCGAGAACGUGCUGAAGGAGGAUGCCCGCGGCAGCGUGGUGCUGGGCCAGGUCGACGUCCAGCUGGCACCCUACGUCAUCGACCUCCAGUCCAUGCACCAGUUCCGGCAGGACACGGGGACCAUGCGCCCCGUCCGGAGGAACUUCUACGACCCCUCCUCAGCCCCGGGGAAGGGCAUCGUGUGGGAAUGGGAGAACGACAACAACUCCUGGACGCCCUACGACAUGGACAUCUGCAUCACCAUCCAGAACGCCUACGAGAAGCAGCACCCCUGGCUGGACCUCUCCUCCCUGGGCUUCUGCUACCUCAUCUACUUCAGCAGCAUGUCGCAGAUGAACAGGCAAACGCAGCGCAAGCGCCGGCUGCGGCGCCGCAUGGACCUGGCCUACCCUCUCACCAUGGGCUCCAUCCCCAAGUCUCAGUCGUGGCCGGUGGGCACCAGCACGGGGACGCCCUGCUCCUGCCCUCAGUGCCUGCUGGUCAACAGCACCCGCGCCGCCUCCAACGCCAUCCUGGCGUCCCAGCGCCGAAAGCUCUACCCGGGAGCCGUCCGCCAGAGCAGCACCUUCGCCGGGGGGGCUCUGUGGCCGGCGGGGACGGGGACGGUGGCGGGUGGCACGGCUAAGGGUGAGGGGCUGCGGGUGCCCAACGGGGCGUUCAGCCCCAGCCAGAGCCUGCCGGCCGGGGCACCGCUCUCCGGGCUCAACAACCUCAACCAGCCUGGCACGCAGCGGGGGGCUGGACUCGGCGCCCGUGCCGCCGUCCCCCCAGGUGUGCCAGCCCUCCCGGUGAAGAACCUGAAUGGCACUGGCCCUGUCCAUCCUGCCCUGGCAGGCAUGACUGGCAUCCUGAUGUGUGCCGCUGGGCUGCCCGUCUGCCUGACCCGUGCCCCCAAGCCCAUCCUGCACCCGCCGCCCGUCAGCAAGAGUGACAUCAAGCCUGUGCCUGGCAUCAAUGGCAUCUGCAGGAAGACCAAAAAGAAGCACCUCAAAAAGAGCAAGACCCCCGAGGACGUGGUGCGUCGCUACAUCCAGAAGGUGAAGAACCCCCCAGAUGAGGACUGCACCAUCUGCAUGGAGCGGCUGGUCACCUCCUCUGGCUACGAGGGUGUCCUCAGCCACGGGGGCAUCAAGCCGGAGCUGGUGGGCAAACUGGGCAAGUGUGGGCACAUGUACCACCUCCUCUGCCUCCUGGCCAUGUACAACAAUGGCAACAAGGAUGGCAGCCUGCAGUGCCCCACCUGUAAGGCCAUUUAUGGAGAGAAGACGGGCACACAGCCCCCGGGGAAGAUGGAAUUCCACCUCAUCCCUCACUCCCUCCCUGGUUACACCGACUCCAAAACCAUCCGGAUCGUCUACGACAUUCCCACCGGCAUCCAGGGCCCGGAGCAUCCCAAUCCUGGGAAGAAGUUCACAGCUCGAGGCUUCCCCCGGCACUGCUACCUGCCCGACAACGAGAAGGGACGGAAGGUGCUGAAGCUGCUGAUCGUGGCCUGGGACCGGCGACUCAUCUUCACCAUCGGCACCUCCAACACCACGGGCGAGUCGGACACGGUAGUGUGGAACGAGAUCCACCACAAGACCGAGUUUGGCUCCAACCUGACUGGCCACGGCUACCCCGACCCCAACUAUCUGGACAACGUCCUGGCUGAGCUGAUGGCCCAGGGAGUCUCCGAGGCCAAUCUGAAGGACUGAGGCAAGGGCGAGGGGCUCCCACCAGCCCCCUCGCCCCCACCCCCCCCCGCCCGUGCCACCCACCGCCCGUGCUGCUUCGCUGCCGACGCCGCAGCCCUGCCGGCUGGGCUUGUUCCCCCAUCCUGGGCCACCCUGUGCCACCUGCCCCAUGUCCCCGUGUCUGUCCCCCCCCGGCCCCGUCCCAUUUGCCCUCUCCCGUGGCCAUAGCAUCGUGGGCUGGUGCUUUUCUUUUUUUCUACCCGUGGCCUCUCCGUGCGUCAGCCGCCCGUGCCACCCGUGCCACCCUCUGCCGCCUCACGGAACCGCGCACAGCCGGUGCCAUGUGUACAUCUCUGUGUUACAGAAUACACCCUCUGCUGGGCCACUGGCCCCAGCGUGUCCC